UUUUGCAUGUAAUUUUUUUCAGGCACUUGUAUAGAUGGAAUCAACAACUACACCUGUAAAUGUGAUAUCGGAUUCAAAGGAUCCUCAUGUGAUCAAAAGAUUCAUAAAUGCACAAAUCAGUCGUGCUUUACUGGUGUUAAGUGUACAGAGACUGUCGUUGGAACCCACUGUGGUCCUUGUCCCAAUGGGAUGACUGGAGAUGGAAAAAACUGCUCYAUGGAACCGAGUACUUCUACGCCUAUGUUUACAUCCUCAAGACUUAGCACAACAUAUACUUCUCCACUUAUUCGAAAGACUUACUCUACAUCUGCUUCAACCGCAUCCAGAUCCAUACUUACUGACGCAUCCCCGGAGAUUAGUUCCACUUCUUCUAUAAUCACAUCAUCUAGGUUUGCAGUCAAAGAACCGAGUACAACGUCUAGUUUCUCUGUACUAGCCACUUUUUCGGCAUCUUCAUUUGUUACCUCURGUGUUCAUAGGUCUAUAGCUACUGACACAUCUUCGGCAUCUUCAUUUGUUACCUCUGGUGUUCAUAGGUCUAUARCUACUGACACAUCUUCGGYAUCUUCAUUUGUUACCUCUGGUGUUCAUAGGUCUAUAGCUACUGACACAUCCCGAGAGACUAGCUCAAUUGCCUCUUUCUUAUCAGAGUCUACGACUUCGUUUGCAGUCCUAGACGUAAGCCCAACCUCUGUUUCUGCUGUACCAGAUUCUCGCUCCACAUCAUCAAUCUUUACAUCAAACGUUCAUAGCUCUACCGUUUCUGUCGCAUCUCGUGAGAUAAGCUCCUUAACGUCUACGAUGUCUCAGUUUAUUCGCCCUUCAAAGACAAAGGCCAUGAUAUCUCCUACUUCUUCUGUUAAUGCAGUUACUGAAUAUAAAGUGAGCGCAGAACUAAGGAUCAAAAAGGAAUGGAACAAGGUAUUUCUCGACAGUGAAGGAGCAGAGUUCCAAAUAUUUGCGCGAAAUUUCGAACAAGAAAUAUUUAAAGUCUAUGCAAGAAGUACAGGUGCUGUGUUAAAAAAAGUUAAAGUCAUUUCUUUGAGACCAGGAAGCAUUAUUGUGRAGUUUCAACUCACUUUUUGGAAGAAACAAAACAAUCCCCUUCAAUCACUAAAGGAAAGUGUGAAAGAGGGUAAACUGGGAACAAUCGAUGUUUAUCCUGAGUCUCUAAAAGAAAAAGAUACGGAAACAAAGAAACCAAACGUAUCCACGAAGCCAAAUCCCAUUCUUAUCCUUGUCUUGGUUGGUGUUGGGAUUGUUAUUAUCAUCUUUGCUGUGGUUGUAGUGUACAGGUACAAAAACCCACUUAAACGUCGACUGUAUCAGCUKAAGARAAAACAGCAAUCAAAUGGAGUUCUAAACGAUGAAGAUGAUCAGAAUAGCAAAGAUAUUGAGAUGUCAGGCCGGGACUUCCUUCAUGGAGAACAACUUCCAAACAAAGUCGGGCUGGAUAUGAAAACUGGCAAUAUCAACUCGGGAUUUUAUCAAUAGCAUUCCCUAUAUCAGUUUCAAGCCAUGUAUUGACAGUUUGAUGGCUCACAAUUUCUUGAAUGAAUUUCAAUCGAUAACAGGGGCGGAUUAAGGGGGGUGUCAACCASAGCACCUGAAACCCCCCUUCAUUUUCGUUGCUAUAUUUCAAAAAGCUGUCUUGCACUAUAAAACAAACGACUUGCGUCUGGUUCAUCAUUUUCUAGUGACUGUUCUUGGCGAGAUCAUGACUGAAAAAGUAGAUUGUUUUUUUUUUGGAAAACGAAUGUAAGCCCAGAGUCUUUCCGGACUAUAAUGAAUUAGAUUUUKCWUUAGAUAAACGAAACUUGACUGAARUAAUGACUGAGUACUUUGUACGAAAGCUUCCAAGCAAUUCUUACGAUUUUAUUAAGCCGCACUUUUAAUUUGGAUAUGAUAAAGGGACACCUGACACAAUAUUUCACCAUGAUAUGUAUUUAAAACACCAUUUCAACGUGGAUUUUGCGCGUUUAGUUUYGCAAUGUUCCAAUGGAAUAUAUUUACAAAUAGUCUUUUGACGUGUUGUAGUCUUAUAAAAGUACUUGCUUUAACUUACAAAUUUCUGGGAUUUUCUAAUGGCUAUAUCUUUUCCUAUUAAUAUGCCUUUGCUGAAGGAAUUGUCACUAUUAAAGUGGUGUAUAAAUGUAGACCAAGUUACUACUAGAACAACACUAGUGGCAUCUGAGAAUAGCUAAAUAGGCGAAAAUGUGAUCAAUUCCAAAAACGGAUCUUAAACAGUUUUAAAAGUACAGCUAAACAUUCAUUUCAACCUCCAUACUGCAUCUUGAUGUUAUAAUAGGAAACAAGUUUUUAAGGUUUAUUCCAGGUAGACAGUAACAAACUUUCUAUUGAUAUAAAUUUAAACUGUCCACAUUUUAGUUAAAACUAAUGCGCAAGUCACUGGAAUUGAACACCCCCUGAACGAUUGCUUGAUCCGCCCCUGGAUAAAAAUUUACACUUUUUUAUAUGGCAAAUUUAUAAGUAAUUUCCUUUCACCGGUCUUCUCCAAUAAAAAUCAUUGCACAGCUCGGAAUMCUUUGUGGGUUGUGGGCCGUGCAAUUAAGGCAGUCUUUAUCAUCGACAAACGGAAGCUUUGAAAAAAUUAAAAUGGAACUGAAGACUAUGUAACGUAAAAAUGCUUUUGCGCUGAUUAARAAUUGUAGAAGAGUUAAAGAAAAACGGAAUCUAGCAUAUUUCAAAAUAUAGGGCAAGCUACAGAAAAAUGUGCUCCAGAAUUACCAAUGUCAUUGGUGUAGUUAGGUAGUGAAAAACUAUGAAUGCAUAGUUGGACCAAAAUCAAUGAAACAAUAAUCUGCUUAUAUCUGAAUUCAAUACAUCAAAAACAGCCGAGCUUUUUACAUGAAAUCUGGUAUAUAUGACGUCAUACAUACAUGCCUAUUUGAAUCAAAUUUUCUAUCGCUGAGCUUAUGUUUAGUUAUCGAGUUAUUGACAGUUUUUUUCAUUUUGAAUUUCUUUUGUUUUUGGUCCAUGCGGUAUUUUAAGAGUCUCUUUAAGCUUAUUGAUUCUACAUUUUUCAUAGCCUGUGUACAUCCGUUUCUCACCCCUCCAAAAAAAUCGGGGAUUUUUUGGGAGUGGUGAGAAACGAAUGUACACAGGCUACAUUUUUCACUAUGUAYGACACUACUAUUAAAUUUGCAAGCUCGGAUUGUAGAUUUAGUAUAUUGUGAAAUAGCUACUGCUAAAGCAUUAAUAUGAAACUAUAAAUAAUGUAAUCAUUGGAUUUUAUAAUAGACAAGUUGAUAAACUGAAUUUUGUAAACCUCACUAUGCUUUUGCUGACAUUAUGAAAUAAAAAAAUCACCCCCAAA